GCGGCUUUUUCCUCCUCCUUCGCCUUGAAAGUUUGUCAGUGGAUCUGGGAUGUGAAUGAAACGGAGGAGAAACCCAGGGGAAGAGCAAGAGGGAAGCGCUACUUGGGAAACGCAGAGGCACCGACGCUGAACACAAACCGGCAGCCGACACGGCGAUCGCUAAUAUAAUAACUCACUGUCUACAUAACUAGCGUGUGUUAUCGGAAAAUGCAUUAAGGAACUUCUAUGAAGUCGAGAGGAUUAUUGCAUCCUUGACCGCAACUUCAGAGGCACGGCGCAUGACAGCGUCUAUGCUGAAAUUAUUGCCAUGUAGCUGAUUUUCAAAGAAAAAGAGAAAUCUAAUCAAGCCAUGCCUUUCGAUGUACGAUCAUUAAUGUUCGGGAUUGUAACGGUACUUGUGGUAUUUUUAAUCAUUGCUGAUAUUGCUGAAGUGGAAGAAGAGACUGGGAACAGUGGAGGCAGCAAGCGAGGGGCGCCCAGCCUCAGAUACAGGCUUCAGGGCCCCCGCAGCAGGACUGAGUCCACGGAGCCAGAUGCCACACGGAAAGCUGGAUCGGCGGCGAGCAGCAGUCCCGCUCCGCCCGACUCCGCUAACGAGCCAUCUUCCAGGGGCUGGCAUUUCAGCGGGGCCCUUUCAAACCAGAUCAGGAAGGACAUCCUGAGGUUUCUGGAUGCAGAGAGAGACAUCUCCAUACUUAAGGGGACCUUGAAGCCGGGAGACGUCAUCCACUACGUCUUCGACCGCCAGAGCACCACGAACGUCUCGGAGAACCUGCACGCGCUUCUGCCCACAACGUCACCCAUGAAGAAUCGGCACUACCAGCGCUGUGCCAUAGUGGGGAACUCGGGGAUUCUGCUGAACAGCAGCUGCGGGAAGGAGAUCGACUCCCACGAUUUUGUCAUCAGGUGCAAUCUGGCCCCAGUGCAGGAGUUCGAGCUGGAUGUGGGGCUGCGCACGGGCCUGGUGACCAUGAACCCCUCGGUGGUUCAGAGGGCCUUUCAGGACCUAGGCAGUGCCCACUGGCGGGAGCACUUCUUGCAGCGGCUCCGCGGCCUCGGCGACGCCGUGCUCUGGAUCCCUGCCUUCAUGGCCAAAGGUGGUGAGCGGCGAGUGGAGCUGGCCCUCGACAUCAUCCGGCGGCAGCGCCUUGCUGCCAGGCCUGCCUUCCCUUCCCUGCGCCUGCUGGAUGCUGUGCGGGGGUACUGGUUGACCAACAAGGUCCACAUCAAGAGACCGACCACAGGCCUGCUGAUGUACACCAUGGCCACGCGGUUCUGCGAGGAGAUCCACCUUUACGGCUUCUGGCCCUUCUCACACGAUGCCCAGGGAAACGCAGUGAAGUACCACUACUACGACAGCCUGACGUAUGGCUACACGUCCCGGACCAGUCCACACACCAUGCCGCUCGAGUUUAGGACCCUGAGCAGACUGCACGCCCUGGGGGUCCUACAGCUCCACACGGAGCCCUGCCGAAACGCGACAGGACUCCUCUAGAUGUGGGUCGACGGAAACUCACCAGCGACAUCUCCAUUGCCUUUGUCUGCCCUCCAACACAGCCCCGGAGCUGACCUCUAAUGUGAAAUCAAGCGCCUGCAUAUUUCAUUGCAGGAUGCUCAGCAGAGAUAAGCUGAUUCAUCAGGACAGAAUCCAAGUCCUGUGGACUUUAACUAGCAUCCUCUUUGAUGUCAACACAGACCAAACAAAGCAAGUUACCAUGGGAAUGCUGAGGUUUGUCCAUCUGAAGUAACUGUAAAAUAAUGUGAACAUAUCACAAUACAAUCGGACAUCAGGUCCUUCAUGUAAUUAUUCCGUACAGACUGAAACUGGUUAAUAUAAUUUUGUUUGACUUCUUGUCCUUAUGUAUUACUGACAGACUUUUCUAAAAGUGUA